AUGGAAUCGACGCGUGGUUUACGUGUUAUUUUAACUGUCUUUUGGCAAAUUGUUGGAGACUUAAGCAAUACAAUUCGAAAAAGUUGGAAUGCUGCGGCAGUAAACCUCAAUGCAUCACAGUUUCUUAGCUCGAUUGCAUUAGAUGAAGAAGCUCUUCGGAUUCCAGUUCAUACAACAUUCAACAAUUUCAUUGAUUCAUAUCAAAUAGCAAUAAUUCGUGAUUUACUUGCUAUUCACCUAAUCAUCAAUGCAAAGCAACUUGUUGUUUCUAGUAGCAAUAAGAAAUCGACGAAAAUACCAGGAAUUACUAUGGAUUGUUUGACGAUUGAUGCGACAUUUGCUUCAACACGUGGAUGUUAUUAUAAUCAAACAUGUCUUUCUUUGUUGCAUUCAUCAUUACCGAUAAAUAUUCGACCAUUAGCAAACAUCUCACCCAAAUACUUCUCUACAAAUUCAAUAAUACAAACAGUUUUGAAUGAACUCAUGAACGAAGAAAUGAUCAGUUAUGCCUCUGUUGAUUUAUAUUACUCACAAUGUACUCCUCAGUAUUUUGGUUAG